AUGAAGGAAGAAGGUUGGGGAAGAGACCUGUCAGCUGGGCUGCCUCACGGGGAGGGGGAAGCACGUGGCUAUACCACUAGCAUCCUGUUCAGCUUCAGCACGAGUGUCAUCGGUGACACCUACAUGGUCCUUGCUUGAAACAGCAGGAGCAAAAAAAGCAGCUCUGGUGCUAGCAUCUCUUCUGAUGAGCACACCAGAAUACAACAGAAGAGAAGGCAAGGCCACACCAAAGAGGACCCAAGUCAGGUGCCAUAAGAAGACUGUGGAUUGAUAGAAAUAAUUAUAGAGUUCUUCGGGAUGCAGGAAACUGCCUCCUGUAAAUCCAGGAAGUCCCCUGUAGCAGGGCGCAUGGAUAAGGAAUGGUGA